AUGGAUCGUCGUGACACGGCGUUUUCCCAUGGCAGCCGGAGCAAGCUUUGCAGACUGGGCUUAAAAGGAGCUCCAAGUGAGCUUCUAAAGUUGUCAUUGGUUACCGAUCCCCUCUCGCAGGACAGGGAGGAAAAACCGGUUUGGAUUGUGCCUGCGGGACACAAAAUGAGGGUAUCUCAUCUCAUUUUGAUUCCAUUGGCUGGCUGCAUCAGGCGGUGCUAUCGGUACGAAUUGUCUCGAGCCAGUGAGACUCCAGAAGCAGACGCCAUGCCCUGUCUGCUUGUGCAUGAACCUGUCGUCGAAAUAUUGAGGAUUGCAAACGCACCCAGCCCGUUAAAAAGUUUUAGGGUUAGGUCUGGCGAUCGUGGAUGGCUUCACUCGGGGCUGGCUGGAAUAUCUGAAGUUCCAUUUCCGCGAACUAGAGUUCGCAGGCUCCAGGGAUUGUGGUAA